UUUUCAAAAACUACAACGUAACGCUUGCGUAUUAAAAAUAGCCGCGCCAUCCGUUGAAAACGCUUGUUCGCGAAUAAAUGAAGCGGUCGACUCGACGCCACCAUAAUCGCGAUUGUAAAUGCAAGCACCAUGUGCCAGGUUUUCCUCGUUACUAUGACAGUCCAGUAGGCACGCCGCGGGUUUUGAGGUCAGUAAUUCUGGUGCAGUUGUAAAAGGGAGUGUCUGAAAUGAACUCAUUGGUAAACGUCACUAUUACACGGUAACAACUUUGGGUUUACCGGCAUGUGUGUCUUGAUCUUAAGCACCAUUGAUCACUAAAAUCUAGUUUCAUCCUCUCGUCACUUCCUGUGUUCGUUUCGUGGAAGAGUGCAAACAUACUAAGCAUGUUGGUAGAAUUUGAUCGGUUUUUACUUUUUGAUCUCGUAAGAACCUAUUUUUGUUUUAAUAACAAUCGUUCAUGGCCCCUUUACGGAAAACCCGAUUAUAAAAAUCGCGAACUUGCUAGCCACCAUAGACUUUCUAAAAUGUAGUGCACAUAUAUACAAAGCUGUUGAACCAAAUCCCGCAGCUUGCAAUCUAAAUAGGUAUAACAUUUCGUCAUAAUAAUAACGGCUUACCGUAUAAACCGUGCAAAGGAGUGAAAAAAGUGCAACGUGUGAUCCGGAGAUUAACUUCUUGAUUUUGUGAUUUUAAUUAAAAAAUUGCGACAUGCUGAGCAUAUAUUCUUAUAUCUUUGGAAUCUAUUCUGUGAUAUUACUACAGGUUGAAGAGUCAGCCGCUCAAAAUCUUUCGUAUGUUCAGGGAACCGUAAUGAAUUUAGAGGAUGUUCUCAUAUUCCUCCGUGAGUACGAAAAUGAGGCAUCCAACAUCUGCUUCAGAGUUUCGUCGGCUCAAUGGGAUUAUAGCACCAACAUCACCGAAGUGAAUCGGCGAAGAAUGAUUCAGGAAACUAUUCAAGAUAUGAAGGAAUCUUAUACAAAAUUAAACGUUUGUCCAUUUAAGAAAAAAACAGAAAGUGAAUGCGAUCUGAAUGAACCAGAUUUAAGUCGAAUAAUGGCUUCAUCACGCAAUUAUGAAGAGCAACUUUACGUCUGGCAAGCGUGGCAUGAUGCCAUUGGACCGGCGGUAAAAGCCAAUUAUGAACAAUAUGUGGAGCUCGCAAACGCGGCAGCAAAGCUGAGUGGUUUUCAAGAUGCGGGACACCAGGAGCGUGCAGUUUAUGAAGAUCCAAAUUUUGAGAAUCACAUGGAAAAUUUAUGGGCAACGGUGGCCCCCCUGUACAGGCAACUCCACUCAUACGUGCGAUCAAAGUUGGUGGAAUAUUAUGGCGCACGGAGAAUAAGAGCGGAUGGACCUCUACCGGCUCAUCUAACGGGAAACAUGUGGGCACAGAAUUGGAAGAACAUCAUUGACUUGAUUUUGCCGUAUCCCGGUAAAAGGAGGUUGGACGUCACUGCAGAGAUGGUGCGCCAAGGAUACGAUCCUGCUAAAAUAUUUCAAACUUCGGAGGAGUUUUUUACAUCCAUUGGUAUGAAGCCUAUGCCACCUGAGUUUUGGAAAUAUUCUUUAAUAGAAAAACCGACUAACAGGCCGGUGGCUUGUAAAGCAUCGGCAUGGGAUUUUUGUAACUCAAAAGACUUUAGGAUAAAACAGUGCACAGAGAUUACAAUGAGUGAUUUAUUACGGACUCACCAUGAAAUGUCACACAUUCAGUACUAUCUUCAGUACGCUCACCAACCUUUACUGUUUAGAGAUGGCGCCAAUCCUGGAUUUCAUGAAGCUAUUGCUGAUGCGGUCCUCUUAUCUGUAUCCACACCUCGCCACAUGCAUAGGAUUGGACUUCAAAACAACAUCACAGAUGACCCUGAGACUACCAUUGACUUCCUCAUGGAGAUGGCAUUGGACAAAGUUGCGUAUUUACCUUUUGCAUACCUUGUUGAUCAGUGGCGAUGGGGAGUGUUCGCUGGGGAGCAGGGGAGUUGGAACACACUUUGGUGGGAGCUCCGUCUUCGACACCAAGGUAUUAUACCCCCCGUUAAACGCUUACCUGAACAUUUCGAUCCAGCUGCAAAAUAUCACGUUGUCUCCGAUACUUCGUAUAUAAGGUACUUUGUCAGCUUGAUACUUCAGUUUCAACUACACAAAGCUGUCUGCGCCACGAUCAAUCAUGUUGGGCCUCUGCAUAAUUGCGAUAUUUACCGCUCGAGGGAGGCAGGCAGGCUGCUUGGCGAUCUCAUGGCAGUUGGCGCGUCGAAACCGUGGACAGAAGUCUUGAAAAUUGCAACUCAAGGACAAUCAAGCAAGCUUGACGCUAGACCCUUAAUGGAGUACUUUGAGCCUCUGACAAACUGGUUGAAGGAACAAAACAAGAAUGAACAAUCCGUCGGAUGGGUCAGUUUACCGGAGGACAUUGCUUUAUCCGAUCCUUCAUGGGAAAGUUCAGCGGUAGCAACCGUACAUUCUUCGUUGUUGACUGUAAUGGUGGCGUGUCUCGCUAGAUGUAUAUUUUUUACUACGUAUGGAUAAAAACAUCAUCGACGCGCGCGUCAGGCACGAGCUCAAAGGCAAAGCACCUAACAACCCUAGUGACUUCCUACUUAUGCGAUGAGAACAUUAGCGCAGAUAGAGUACAGUAAAAUCAUAUUUUGCCUCGGUGACUCAUCAAUAAAACGCUGGUGCCUUCUAGAGUCCCUUU